GCUUCGAUUUCGGCUGAGUUGGCAGGGAAAGGGUUAAUUAAAUGGGCAAAGCCCUCCGGGUCCUAGUGCCGACUUGUUUGGUAUUAUUUAUUUUCGAAGGGGAGUUGGGAGAUUUUGGGGAGCCCAAGGGGAGUUACAAUACAAAGGAAAAUCUCAUUGGAUUUCCUAGUUGUUGUCUACCUGCUGUCCCAGUAUAUCUGCUGUCCUUCAUAUGAAUACUGGUGAUCAGCCUUUGCGUACACUGUUUUGAAACUGUGGAUUUGGGUUUGAAAUCUCAUUCUAGACUUGGAAUAAAGAGAAUGACAGCAACCAUCUCGGAACUGCAGAAUGAGAUUCUGGCCAAACGGGGUCUGCAGCCGGUGGUGAAAAUCGAGGAACUGGAUCCAGAGAAUUCAGACUUGAAAUAUGUAACUAAAUCCCCUUUUUUCAUCCCAUCUGGGGAGCUUGUGAGGUGUGUAGUGUCACAGCAGGCCAGCUAUGAAGGCCAGGAGACAUCACAACGCUGGGAAGUUCAAUGGCAGGAGACUAGUAUGCCAGAAGUUACUUCAGCCUCCUCUCCCGCUUGGGGCAAUCUCCAAGUUCCUCAGCUCACAUCGGCGGAUGAUAUUGAAAUCUAUUUGUCCACUUUCGAGCGGGUAGCUGACGCGUGUCAAUGGCCCCAGGAACAGUGGGUCAGCCGAUUGGUGCCUGCUCUUAGUGGGGCAGCCCAGCAAGCCUACAUCAACCUCAGCAUUACAGACAGAGAUGACUAUGGCAAAGUCAAAGCUGCUAUCUUGUGUCACUGCACCUUUGGGAGCGAGACCCGGCGGCAACGCUUCCGGCGCUUUUGCUUUCAGGAGGCUGAGGGUCCCCGACAGGCUUGCGGUAACUUGCGGAAACUUUGCCGUCAGUGGUUGAAGCCAGAGAUCCACACCAAGGACCACAUCUUGGAGUUGCUGAUCCUGGAACAGUUUCUGACCAUCUUGCCAGAUGAGAUGCAGAGCUGGGUUUGGGAAUGUCGCCCAGAGACUUGUGCCCAGGCUGUGGCCCUGGCAGAGGAGUUUGCUCGGAAACAACAAGAAUCCGAAAGAUUGGAUGCAUGUGUUGCUGUUCAUAUGAAGGUAGAGGAGGCGACUUCAGGGGAUGUUGAGGAGAAAAUAGUUCUGCCUGCUGCCUUGUGGGAUGUCUCUGACCCUCAGACCCCUCCUGGACGCCACUCUCAGAAGACCGUAGAAUGGAGCGGACCUGUAGAACCACAAGAGCUGAUCUGCAUCCUGGGAGAAGAAGCUGAUCCUUCGCUAGAGAUAGCAGAUGUAGGGACUACCAUCCAGGCUACAGAAUGUCCUCCCGAAAUCUCCUUGGAAUUGCCUAAGGAAUCCCGGAGGAAUAUGGGUAAGGGAACGUCAUCAGACUGGGAGGAGGACCAGCGGCUGCGUGAGCGAGACAACUCUUCGGAAGAGGCGCUUAGCAUCAAAAGAAAACGACGGCGAAGAAAGGGCCCAGUACAACCCACCAGGGCCAAGGAUGUGUUGCCAGAAGCCAAGGACCCGGAAAGCCAAGCAAGGGCAUUCUUUUGGGGGGAGAAGCCUUACCAGCUACGAGAUUGCGGGGAGAGCUUCCAUGCCAGGCAGGAGCUUGCUUUGCGCAAAGGGAUCCACCGGUGGGAGAGGCCCUUCCCUUGCGCCGUUUGCGGGAAGAGAUUCACCCGACUCUACCACCUCACCACUCACCUGAGGAUCCACUCGGGUGAGAAGCCUUACCGCUGUGCCGAGUGCGGGAAAAGCUUUGGGGACUUGUCCAAUUGUUACAAGCACCAGAGGAGGCACCGAGGCGACAAGCCGUACUCUUGUGAUGCAUGUGGGGACUGCUUCAGCAAACAGAAAGAACUCCUUGCUCAUCAGAGAACUCAUGAAAACGGAAGGGUACCCUCUCUUUGUUGACCUGGAGAGCGGGGGGAAACGUAAUUUUUUAUAGGCAUGUAAGCCAUAUCUGGGAAGUAGCCUUUGACUGAAUGCCCUAUAUUGAUCCAGAUCUUGAUUAUGUUAGUGCUGGAGGUAGAGCAGGCUUGGUGUAGUGGUUUGAGUGUUGGACUACCCUUAUGCUCAUGUAUAAGUCUAGAAAAUUUAGUCAAAAAAUCAACACCACCCCUAAAAAACUGAUUUGACUUAGCCAUGUGACCCCUGUAUUUUAACUCCUGUCAAAAAAGGAACCACCCCCUUCUCUGAAUAGACAGCUUAGUCCAUUCCAGCAGAACUUAAAAGAAGCACUGACCUCCUCCAUUCUUUCCAUCAUGGUUCCACUUCUGAUCUUUUUGAAUGCUUGGUCAGAGAAAUGGCGGCAUUCGUCAGCAAUGGCUUGACCCCUGAGGUAUCAUUGGUGCGUUCCAAUCUCUGAGGAAUGAUCCCUAACUUAUUCAAUUGGUCAUUAUCAAAAACCCUUGACAUACACACGAGGUCAACCUAUACAUGAGUAUAUAUGGUAGAUCUUCGGGAAACCAAGAUUUGAAUUCCCACUCCGCUGUGGAAAACUUUUAAGUCACCUUCAGCAAGUCACACACUCUUAUGCUUAGAACAGUGGUUCUCAAUCUGUGGGUCCCUGGAUGUUUUGGCCUCCAACUCCCAGAAAUUUUAAUAGUUGGUAAACUGGCUGGAAUUUCUGGGAGUUGUAGGCCAAAACACCUUGGGACCCACAGGUUGAGAACCUCUGGCUUAGAAGAAAGCAAUGUUCAACCUGCUUUGAAGAUAUCUCACCAAGAAAACCCUACGAUAGGGUUACCAUAAGUUGGAGUCACCUUGAAGGCACAUCACAACUACAGCAACAGUUUUCCAAGUGCACCAGAGUAGAAACAGUGGGACAAGAGGUUUUAUUGCCAUGCCUGUGGAAAGUCAUACUAGCUAUGCUGUGAUCAAAUUGUAUUUGGGAGUAGGGGGACAUUAGGAGUGAGUUUAAGGGAAUCUCAACCAUGAGUAAGGUCUCCCAAAGGAAAAUGGUGACCAAGAAAGAGAUUUCAACAGGUUCUGGGUGCCUGGCAUAGACUUCUUUGGAUCAUCUCUCAUGUUUCCUGUGAUGGAGUGUCGAAGUUGCAAAUAUCAGCUUCCACCCAUUUGCAAGGAGCUUGUCUAUAGCUCAGCCUUCCCCAGUACGGUGCUUGCUAUGUGUUUUGGACUACAUCUCACAGUAUCCCUGAGUCAAUUGACUGGAGGAUGCUAGGAGAUGCAGUCUGUUGCAUCUACAGAAAAACAGAUUGGAGAAAGCCAAGCUGUGGCCUCUUUGUCAGUGACUCUUUGGAAUUUCUGUUUAAAACUAUGUCUCUGGAAGGCAGAUAUUCUGGAUGAAGACUAACAUAAUGAAUCUCCUCGUGCUGUUGCUCAUAGAUGGUGAUAUUCUGCCCUUAUGGGGAACACAAGGAAAAAUUGUGGAUACUAAAACACAAGCUGUGUUUUAUUUCUCAGUUCAUUAAAAAAAGCCUAAAGCUAAAA